AUGGCUUUCGGUCGGCUGGCUGGACGCGCACCUGCCCUCACUGCACGACUCCGCUCCAUUGCACCUUCCACUCCCUCCUCUCGCACCUUCACAGCGAGGAGUACCAGGCCACUGACUGCGCUCCGAUCGAGCCCCGAGUCGCCUGCAGCCCUCCGCCAGCUGCGCGCUUUCACACACGUCUCUCAGUCCUGGAAUAAGACGCAAGAGGCACCCAAUGCGCAAGCCUAUCUGAACAGCGGCGCCAUUUCUGGUGCACGUGAUCUUGUCGAUGUGAAGAAGGUUUUGGUCAUUGGUAGCGGUGGUCUCAGCAUUGGUCAAGCGGGAGAAUUUGACUAUUCAGAAAACUUGAAAUUGACCCAAAAGCCAGGCUCACAAGCGCUGAAGGCUCUGAAGGAAGCCGGCGUCAAGUCGGUCCUCCUCAACCCCAACAUUGCGACUAUCCAGACAUCGCACGUGCUCGCCGAUGAAAUCUACUAUCUACCUGUCACCCCCGAAUACGCCGAAUAUGUCAUCCAAAAAGAGAAGCCAGACGGCAUCUUCCUCAGCUUUGGUGGACAGACUGCGCUCAACUUGGGCGUCCAGAUGGACGCCAAGGGCAUCUUCGAAAAAUACAACGUCAAGGUGCUGGGAACAAGCGUGCAGACAUUGAAGACCAGUGAGGACCGUGAUCUGUUCGCGCGUGCUCUAGACGAGAUCAACAUCCCGAUUGCAAAGUCGAUCGCCGUAAGCACGGUGGACGAAGCGCUGGAAGCAGCGGAGAAGGUCGGAUACCCCAUCAUUGUUCGUGCGGCGUAUGCGCUCGGUGGUCUUGGUUCCGGUUUCGCCAACAACGCAGAGGAGCUCAAGAAUUUGUCGGCUCGAUCUCUGACUCUGUCGCCGCAAAUCUUGGUCGAGAAGUCGCUCAAGGGCUGGAAGGAGGCUGAAUAUGAGGUUGUGCGCGAUGCAGCGGAUAACUGCAUCACGGUCUGCAACAUGGAGAACUUUGACCCGCUGGGUGUACACACCGGUGACAGUAUCGUCGUUUCUCCCAGUCAGACCUUCAGUGACGAGGAAUACCACAUGCUCCGGUCUGCGUCCAUCAAGAUUGUCCGACACUUGGGAGUGGUGGGCGAGUGCAACGUGCAAUACUGCCUGCAACCAGACGGUCUUGACUACAGAGUCAUUGAAGUCAAUGCGCGUCUCUCUCGUUCCUCUGCAUUAGCCUCCAAGGCCACUGGAUACCCAUUGGCAUACACUGCCGCCAAGAUCGGUCUUGGACACACCCUUCCUGAACUGCCAAAUGCCGUCACCAAGACCACUACGGCCAACUUCGAGCCCAGUUUGGAUUACGUUGUGACCAAGAUGCCCCGAUGGGACCUUGCCAAGUUCCAGAACGUCAAGCGCGAUAUUGGUAGCUCCAUGAAGUCGGUUGGUGAAGUCAUGGCUAUCGGUCGUACGUUUGAGGAGUCCUUCCAGAAGGCCUGCCGACAAGUGGACCCCAAAUUCCUCGGUUUCCAGGGCGAAAAAUACGGCGAAAACCUCGACAAUGAACUUGCGAAUCCCACCGAUCGCCGAUGGCUCGCUGUCGGCCAGGCUCUAUUCCACGAAGGAUACACUGUCGACCGUGUACACGAGCUCACCAAGAUCGACAAAUGGUUCCUUCACAAGCUCCAGAACAUUGUCGAUUGCACUCACGAGCUCGAGGACAUUGGCAGUCUCUUUGGGUUGAAGAAGGAGAUCAUUCUCAAGGCCAAGAAGAUGGGAUUCUCUGACAAGCAGAUUGCAAAGGCGGUCAACAGCACCGAAGACGAGGUUCGCGCCCGCAGGAAGAGCUUCGGUAUCAGGCCCUGGGUCAAGAGGAUUGACACACUGGCUGCCGAAUUUCCAGCAAACACAAACUAUCUUUACACAACCUACAAUGCCUCAUCGCAUGAUGUCACGUUUGAUGAUCACGGUACAAUCGUUCUUGGUAGCGGUGUCUACCGUAUUGGUAGCUCUGUGGAGUUCGAUUGGUGUGCUGUCAACGCUACUCGCUCUCUGAAUGCGCUCGGCAAGAAGACUGUCAUGAUCAACUACAACCCUGAGACCUACUCGACUGACUUCGAUGUCGCUGACAAGCUGUACUUUGAAGAGUUGAGCUACGAGCGUGUCAUGGACAUCUACGAGUUGGAAACCGCAAGCGGCGUUGUCGUUUCUGUCGGUGGACAAUUGCCGCAAAACAUCGCUCUUAAGCUCCAGGAGUCUGGAAAAGCCAAGGUCCUUGGUACUAACCCUGAGGAUAUCGACAAGGCCGAAGAUCGUCACAAGUUCUCCUCCAUUCUCGACUCGAUCGGUGUGGACCAGCCUGCAUGGAAGGAGCUCACAUCUUACGAGGAGGCCAAGAGUUUUGCAAGCUCUGUUGGAUAUCCUGUCCUUGUCCGCCCAUCAUAUGUUCUCUCUGGUGCCGCCAUGACCGUCAUCCGUAGCGAAGACGAACUCAAGGAGAAGCUGCUUGCUGCCUCCUCUGUUUCCCCAGACCACCCGGUCGUCAUCACCCAAUACAUUGAUGGGGCACAGGAGAUUGAUUGCGAUGCGGUUGCUUCAAACGGCAAGGUUCUCGUACACGCGGUCAGCGAGCACAUUGAGAAUGCCGGUGUCCACUCUGGUGAUGCUACCCUUGUUCUGCCUCCUGUCAACCUGGACAAGAGGAUUCAAGAACGUGUCAAGGAGAUUGCCGACAAGGUUGCAAAGGCCUGGAACAUCACUGGUCCCUUCAACAUGCAAAUCAUCAAGGAGGAGGUCGAGGGCGCCGAGCCUAACCUGAAAGUUAUCGAGUGCAACCUUCGCGCAUCUCGCUCAUUCCCCUUUGUCAGCAAGGUUCUCGGUACCAACUUCAUCGAUGUUGCCACGAAGGCACUUGUCGGCCGCGAUGUUCCUGAACCAACCGACUUGAUGGCUGUGGAAAGACCCUACCUUGCCACCAAGGUCCCACAGUUCUCAUGGACCAGGUUAGCUGGUGCUGACCCUUACCUUGGCGUCGAGAUGGCGUCGACUGGUGAGAUGGCCUGCUUCGGAAAGGAUCUUGUCGAGGCAUACUGGGCAUCAGCCCAAUCGCAAAUGAACUUCCGUCUGCCACAACCUGGUGAGGGUCUGCUUUUCGGAGGUGACACCACCGCGAACUCGCUCCACUCCACGUCCCUUGUUCAGAUCGCCAAGUACAUCCACUUCCUUGGUUACAAGUUCUUUGCUGCCAACCAGGACGUCAAGACACUGCUUGAGAAGAAUGUGGAAGGUCUCAAAGUUGAUGUGAUUGAAUUCCCCAAGGAGGACAAGAGAAAGCUGCGCGAGGUGUUUGAGAAGAACGACAUCCGUGGAUGUUUCAACCUUGCCAAGUACAGGGCGAACGGCCUGCUUGACGAGGACUACGUCAUGAGAAGGAACGCUGUCGACUUUGGCGUGCCGUUAUUCAUGGAGCCCAAGACCGCCGUCCUCUUUGCUCAGUGCAUGAGCGAGAAGCUGCCCAAGAAGGAGGGUAUCCCUAGCGAGGUUAGAUCAUGGAGCGACUUCGUCGGCGGCCGCCCAUUGUAG